ACUGCUGACAAUGCAGAGCAGUGAGGAAGAAAAAUGGAUUCAUCCAAAUACUCUUGUUCCAUAUGUUUGGAUCUACUGAAGGAUCCGGUGACUAUUCCCUGUGGACACAGCUACUGUAUGAACUGUAUUAAAUUCUUCUGGGAUGGAGAAGAUCAGAGGGGAAUCUACAGCUGCCCUCAGUGCAGGAAAGAGUUCAAACCGAGGCCUGAACUGGAGAAAAACAUCAUGUUUUCAGAGUUGGUGGAGGAUCUGAAAAAAACUGAACUUCAAGCUGCUCCUGCUGAUCACUGCGAUGCUGGACCUGAAGAUGUGGCCUGUGACGUCUGUACUGGGAGGAAGAUGAAAGCUGUCAAGUCCUGCUUGUUCUGCUUGAUAUCUUAUUGUGUGAAUCACCUCCAACCUCACUAUGACAUCCCUGGAUUGAAGAAACACAAGCUGGUGAAUCCCUCCAAGACUCUCCAGGACAACAUCUGCACCUGUCAUGAUGAGGUGAUGAAGAUCUUCUGUCGUACUGAUCAGCAGUGUAUCUGUUAUCUCUGCACUAUGGAUGAACAUAAAGGCCAUGAAACAGUCCCAGCUGCAGCAGAAAGAGCUGAGAAGCAGAAGAAGCUCCAGGAGAGUCGACAACAAAUCCAUCAGAGAAUCCAGGACCAAGAGAAAGAUCGAAAUUCUUAUAAAUAUUAUGGUGUUGAUGUUGAUGAUGAUGAUGAUGACGACGAUGAAGAUGAUAAUUAUGAUGAUGAAGAUGAUGAUUAUGACGAUGAUGAUAAUGCUGUGGUUAUUCCUGUCACAAACCCCUAUUGCUCCAGAGUAGGGGUGUACCUCGACCACAGAGCAGGUAUUCUGUCUUUCUACAGCGUCUCUGGGUCUCACAUGACUCUGAUCCAUGAAGUUGAGACCACGUUCACUCAGCCUCUACAUGCUGGGAUUUGGCUUUCACGUUCAAAAGGAACCAGUGCAGAGUUCAUUCAGUUAAAAUAA